AUGGCAUCCAACUUUCCCUUCAAAAUCCGUGAGAGAAUUUCAUCUCUCAUGUCACCCGGCCAUCGUGAACUCAUCCAGACUACUCGGAGACGGGUUGUGAUCUCAAUAUCCUCACAUAUAUCCGUUGAUUCCACAGCCUCCGAAUUCCUUAGCGCAAAGAUCCAGGACUUUGAGGAUGAAGAGGCAUACAUCAACCAGGUGAAGGCUGGGCUAGAGGAUGUCAACCUCACAAAGGCCCUAAGCUCCGCAGAGUAUCGAAAGGAACUCAACUCACUUCUUCGACGAUUUUGCGAAAAUGCCGAAACACUGAAGGUUCUCAAACGUCAGCGCCAUAAUCUGACAGACGACAUUGAUGACUCGGAUGCGUUGGAGAAGCAUCAAAGGGUCAAGGGCCCACUGGGGGCCAAUAAUGUAUAA